AUGUUCAACUCCGGUAUUGCGCAAAAGUUAGAAGACGACGAGAGCGAAGACAUUCAUAUAUCAAACCGAUCAAUAGAGAGACCCUCGCCUAGGAUACAUCACAAAGAUGCGGAAUCAGAACAAAGGCCACAUUUAGAUGGGAGGUUACCACCACCGCAACACGCGCUCGAAGAAUUGAAUUGCGAGUCGAUGACAGGCACCUUCACUCUAGAGGAGUCAGAACAGAACACGUCUCGCCUCGCCUCUAGAGAAAACGCACCUGACCACCAAGUAGAUCCGCCUGCGGUACCGGCCAUAUCCCGCUACCAGGGGAAGACGAGCCCGGCUAAAGAAUUACACGAAGCUACCUCAAAACUAUACCGUUCUGUGUUUGGGGAUUCCUUGGAUUGGAAGCAGGCUGUUGACACUGUUGUUGAUGAUGGGCAAGUUGAUUCAUCGUCACCUCGACCUGUUGUGCUUCGUAAGGAUAAUAGAGAAGAUGCCUUGGAGCUUCAGUCGGUUGCGGUAUUCGUUGAAGCCAUGUGGGACGAAAAAAAGUCUAACCAAUAUAUUUUCCGACUGUACAGAGAUCUUCCAUAUCCAGGAGUUUCGUACUUGUCGAAAAGGACACGAGGGGCACUUUUGCGGCGAUUCGCUAACCCUCCUAACCGCCGAUGGGUUGAUGCUCGCCGCUACCUCGGGAUAAUAGAAGACAUGGUAGCUGCCAAACUUCCGGUGUCGCGGUCCUUGUGGAGUUCUGCUAUUCAUCUGGCAGGCCGUGCAUCUGGCAAAGUGUGCAAGAGGGAUUUGGUGAGAUCAAUCGGCCUCUGGCAGCAAAUGGAACAUGUGGCCGGGGUCAAGUCAGAUGGCGUCGUCUUUAACAUCCUUUUCGAUAUAGCCAUUAAAGCUGGCCAAUUCACAGUCGCAGACCGUCUAAUGGAGGAAAUGGCGAGACGUGAAAUUACUUUUACCCGCCCUGGAAAGGUUUCCAAAAUGUACUACUGUGGAAUGCAGCAGGAUGCCGAUGGCAUCCGUCAGACGUUCGAUGCAUUCGUGACUAGUGGGGAGAUUGUUGACACAGUGGUGCUGAACUGCCUGAUAGUAUCCUUUCUUCGGGCUGGGGAAACGAAGACUGCAGAGCAAUUAUAUCAUCGCAUGAUGCAGGCACAGAACACCGUUGAGCUUGAUCUCGAGAGGCUACAUCACGGGCCGAGUUUGACCUCAGAGUUCAUGGUUUAUCGCAAGAAGUCCAGGAAGCUCAAUCGGCUCUUACAAGUAUCUGCUUCUCUUAAGGAUCGACUGCCUGAACAUCAUCGAGCUUUGCAGGAGGCCCUUCCUAUGACACCCGACACGCGGACAUUCCAUAUUCUUCUUGCUCACCACGCCUAUCGAUCGGGCAACCUACACGCUUUCAUGUCGGUCAUCGGUGACAUGGAAAAAACCUUUACAGUUCCACCGCGUGGAAUGAUAUAUCUGUUGCUUUUCGACGGAUUUGCUUACAACGGCCGAAAGAGAAAGGGCUGGACCGCUGAACGGCUGUGGAACGCAUGGCGAGCGUAUCUUCGCGCUCUCUACGAAUCGAAGAACAGAUUCAAUGACCGCUUUCAUCUUCGCACAGCAAAACUCGUUUGGGAAAAUCCGCUAGGAAGUAGCGCUGCAUUGCUGGCGGCACAGACACCUACACUACCAAGAAAACCAAUCGGUUUAUACACCCCAUUGCCAUCAGGCAAGUCCGAGGCAGACGCCACGUCUGCAGAACACCAGCAGGAGCAGGUAGACGAGAGUGACGAAACAAGCAAGGAAGAUGUCGACGAAUUAGGUGCCAAUGAUGGGGUAGCCGAAUUCGAUGAUGACAUUGAUACCGACGAGUUGUUCAAUUACCGAGGCCGAGACCAGCAUGGCGAGGACGGCGAGCUUGAAGUGCUGGAACGCCAGAUUGAGAAUGGAGUAUUUUUAGGUCGUCGGAUGAUCAUCAUCAUUCUUCGAGCAUUCGGUGCUUGCUGCGGACCUAAGGAAGUUAUGGAGGUCUGGUUGCACAUCGAACGACUUUGGCAACCCAAAAGGCGCAAGGCGCUUGACGUCAUGGCCGUAGACUUGGACUUUUAUCUGCACCGGGUUUUCCGAAAGAAGUCAUUCCGUCCCCUACAGCGAGAGGUAGUCACCGCAGCCGUAGAAGGCCACGAUGUCUUCCUGCAGGCAUCCACAUCCUUUGGAAAGAGCUUGUGCUUCCAAUUGCCUGCCGUCAUCAGCCAUGGCGUGACUGUCGUUGUAUGUCCUCUCCUUGCAUUGAUGACAGACCAAGUAAACGCGCUACAAGCCUUAGGAGUAGCAGUGGCAACCAUCAACUCGACGACCUCUCUAUCAGAGAGACGCGAGAUCCUCGCAGACCUUCUCUCAGGACAUCCCCGAACCCGCCUUCUUUAUGUCACCCCAGAGCUAUGCCAAACGGAGAUGUUCCGGCGGAAUCUCCAAACUAUCCAUUCGCAGGGAGAGCUGAAUCGUAUCGCCAUUGACGAGGCCCACUGCAUCAGUGAAUGGGGUCAUGACUUCCGCCCAGCGUACAAGGAACUCUCCUGGUUCAAGCGGGCCUUGAACAACCCCCCAGUUCCGAUCAGCGCCUGCACGGCGACUGCAACCCCGCGUGUCCGAAAGGACAUCAUUAACCUCCUUGGUUUAGAUCCCGGCCGACUGAGGAUUUUCAAUACACCAUCAGCUCGACCAAACAUCCAUUACGAGAUCAGAUAUCUCCAAAAUUCCAUCGACGACUCGGGAGACUCCGGAAAGGCCCAAGUGGACGACUUCGUCUCCUGGCUGAAGUCCAUCCAGAGUCGCCGAGAGGCCAGAUUAGGCGGAGAAAAUGCUAAUCUUCCACCUAUAUCUGGUAUCAUUUACGUCUCCUUCAGAUCAGCCUCGGAGAACCUUGCCGGCAUUCUGUCGACUUCAUGGAACGGCAAUAUCCGAGCGGUUGCGUAUCAUGCCGGUCUUUCCUCCCAAGACAGGACUCAGAUCCAGUCCCAGUGGACUUCCCCGCAGUCACUCCCAGAACAAAGCGGCCAAACCCCAGCAUUCUACAUAAUAGUCGCAACGAAUGCGUUCGGCAUGGGAAUCGAUAACCCCCAUGUCCGAUUCGUAAUCCAUUGGAACCCGCCCCGAAGCUUCGAGGGGUUUGUCCAGGAGUCCGGUCGCGCAGGUCGCGAUGGUCGUGCCGCCGCAUCAAUUGUAUACUUCAACACCCAAGAGCGAGAUAAAGCACUCGAUCGUAUCCGACGAGACGUUGAAAAUGCCUACAACCGCGCCAACAAGAAACCCGCGAAUGGAGCACCAAAGGACGAUCCUAACAGCAAUCUACAAAACCAAUACGCUCGGCUGCGGAGUUUUCAAAAAGUGGUUCGCUAUUGUGAGUCAACUAGCCGCUGCAGACAUGACAUGAUCAAGGAUUUCUUUGGGGACCUGGAACUGGAGAGGAUGGGUUCUCAGGCCCCGAGCUCCGAAACGAGAACCGGCUCAGGCGCAUCACCGUGCGACUUUGCUUGUGACUUUUGCAAGGAAGGCCCCAGGAGUCUAACGCUUCGCAAGGCACGGAUGACCGUUGAGAAUGAGCUGAUGGAUUGUACGCAGUGGGAUUACAUGUCGAACAUGGAGGCAAUGUAUCCGGAUGCGUUCUCUGGUUUCGACUAG